AUUCGAGAAUUUGUCUAUGACUUUCUCUUCGGCAACAACCAAGCACUUGAAGCAGGCAAGCUGGCAUAUCGUUUGAGAAGGAUCAGACGAUAAUACAAUGACAUAUUUAUCUUGAAAUGAAGAAAAAAUUGCGUUGUACAGGUCAAACUGUAGAUAGUUAUAACGAUCAACAUGCCUGUGAAAUAUUGGAUGUUUCCUGAAGGGAAGUCACCUUUAAAAGUAAAACUAUGGAACUGGUCAUCCAAUGUGGUUUGUGGUCUUGCAGGAGUUAUUGCUAAAGUAUACUUAGAACGUUUGAACAAAUGCACUGUAUACAACAGAGAGACCAUGAUAGACGCUGUCGAUGAUGUGAGGAAAUCUGGGCGGAGCCUCAUUACGUACUCUAACCACAACAGCUGUAUCGAUGACCCCACGACCCUGGCCAUGAUGAAAUGGAGGCAGGUUGUGAAUGGAAAGAGGCUUCGAUGGGUCCUUGUUGCAGACGAGAUCUGUUUCACGUCCAAACCUUUGGCUGUUUUCUUCAGCUUAGGAAAAGCCAUUCCUGUAAUCCGAGGAGAAGGAAUCCGUCAGAAACCCAUGGACUUCGCCUUAAAGAAAAUUAAUCAGGGAGGAUGGGUGCAUGUAUUUCCUGAAGGGAAAAUAAACAUGGAAAAAUCUUACGUGAGGUUAAAAUGGGGGAUUGGAAGAUUACUAACAGAAGCUAAGCAGUGCCCCGUUGUGUUGCCGUAUUAUCACAUGGGCAUGGAUGAUGCUUUACCAACGAAGUCUCCAUACAUACCACGAAUUAAACAGAAAAUCACAAUUUUAGUUGGAACUCCAAUAGACUUCUCAGAAGAGUUGGAACACUUGAAACACAAAAUGACAUCGACUGAACUCAGGAAACAUUUUACAGAUAUUCUCCAAGAAAAACUCUAUGCUUUGCGUAAAGAGGCUGAGGAACUUCAUCACAGGAACACGGACAGCUAACAUCUAUCUUGCUGUUGACUUUUGUAACAUGGAACUUUGCAGCAUUAUUGUUCAUUCAAAAUCCAUCAUUAUUUUGAUUGAAUUACAAGUACAUGUAGAUCACUGUAUAUUGGGGUAACUUAAAUUUGGUGCCGGGGAUAUUUCGCAGAUUUUUCUCAAGAGGUAGUUUGAAAUAUUAGUGCUUUGUUCUUUUGGCAUAAUUCAUUUCAAAAGUCCAUUAUUUUAUAUGAAUUUAAAACAUGAUUGUGACGUAAACCUUUUGUUUGAAUCGUCCAUUCUCUAGGUUAUUGUUGUGCUAACUCCACAAACAAUGCAUGAAGUUACCUAUGACAUCACAGGACAAUCUACCUUAAGUUACCUGUAAGUGCCUAUUCUUUUUUGAAGAACUGUCCAUUCAGGUGGGGGGUUUUUUCAAUCAGAAUGGACAGUCACAACAAACAGAAUGGACCGUGCCAGGUAAAGAUUGGAAUGCAACAUUUAAUUUAUGUAUUUUCAAAACUUGAACUUGAAGGAAACAUUUCCAGAUUUUAUUUUGAUUUCAUUAGUGGUAUUUCCAGUCCAUGGUACUUUCACUUGUUUCUCUUUAUCGGCAUUUUGUCUGUCACUACUUUUUAACAUUCCCAUGAAUAAUCUUGCUGAUAUCUUGAAGUAUCGUUUGUGACCGUAUGGCACUUGAUCUGUGGCCUGUCUUCUCAGUGAUGAGAUGCUCAUCUAUUCCAACUUCAUAUAGUCUGGUUGCCGCUGUAGCAUGCAAAGAAUGAUUGAUAUAAUGGCCUUCAAAUCCUGCUUGAGAACAAAGCUUGCCUACUGUUUUUUGAAGAACAUGGACACCAACAGCUGUAUCUCAUACCAUGUAUUCUGGGUUGUGUACUAGUAUUUCAGGGGUCUUAAAUAUAAAGCAUCACAUCUUUCAAUUUCAGGCCUGAAAAAUAAAUGCUAAAUUCGGAAAGUAUGUGAAAUAAAGCAAGCUCAUAGAAUUGUUACAUUGGAUGUUUAUACACUAUUUGCCUUAAAGGAAGGUAUUUUUCAUACAUCAAAACUGGACAUCUCUCUAGAGCAUUCUUGCUAUGGUAUGCCCUGGUAACCUUUACCUUUACAUUUCUGUGCUGUAAUCCUCCUCUUUUGCUUUUGGAGACAUCCUCCUUGUAUUCAAGAUAUUUGGUUCCAUCAGUCUGUGUACAGAUGGUGAUUUGACUGUUCGGUCCAACUCUCGGGUUUCUGUGCCCUUGCCCAGCUCUAUCAGUCUGUGAGCAGAUGGUGAUUUGACUGUUCGGUCCAACUCUCGGGUUUCUGUGCCCUUGCCCAGCUCUAUCAGUCUGUGAGCAGAUGGUGAUUUGACUGUUCGGUCCAACUCUCGGGUUUCUGUGCCCAGCUCUUAAUGCAAAGUGUAGUCCCAAUAAAUAAAUGAGUGUAUCCAACAAUUUUUGAGGAUUAUCCGUCCCAAGAAUACCCUUAGACCACAUUAUAUUCUGCUGAUCUUCUGAUAUCACUUCUGCAUGUCUUCUCUCUAUUACAAGCCCACAACUUGAUAGUUCCUUCAUAUUUUAAUCUAGAACUCUACGCAUGCAUUCAAAAGAUUUGUUAUCAAUGAAACUAAUGCAUCUUCCCUUAUUUCGGAGGUAAUGUUGUACUGCACAAGCGGUUUCAUAUAGAGUGUUUGGUUUGUAGUCUUCCCCCUUUCUAUUCUUGACCUCUGUGAUAAAAAAAACUCAUCACUGUGUUAAGUUCCUCAUCACUCAUUUUCAAAAUAUCUUCUUGUGAUGUAAAUCCAAAUGAAUUCUGGCCCAAGAUUUUUUUCCUGUUUUGCUGCCUAGUUUCAAACAAUGAUAUAGCCCACCUCACUUUUCCUUCUGUUUUCUUUGAUUGUCCUUUCAGCGGUUUAAGAAAGCGCUCAAUAUUUUCAAUAUUCUGGCUAGCAUUCACAAGUUCCUCAUCAGAAAUGUCCGAAAAUGAAACCAUCUUCAGGUUGAAGUUUGCCUUAUUUUGUGUUUUACUAUUUUUCAUUUCUAAAUUCCAAAAUGUCGCGUAUCUGCGCGUCUUCAGUUUUCUUGAAUUUUGACUGAAAUAAAAAAAAUCACUUUCUCCAUCAGAGGAAGACAUGCUUAUCUUACAAAGAUGAACUUUCAGUUGAUUCAAAAACAUCACAUUCUUGUAUUAAUGUCUACCAAAACCCAUCUGUAUGUGUCCAUUCUUUAGACAAAGGCCUUUGUUAUGUAGCAUCUUGUAACACAAUAGCCAUUAAACAAAAUGCUGAGCACCCUUAUCUUACCUGUGACUGUCUAUUCUGUAAACAAUGAAUUUAUUAUUGCAUGUAUGGUGGAAAUGCUAUCUGGAACAGUUCGUUUUGAAUACAAGUGUUCUACAUUUUGUUUAUUUGAUUCCACCCCACAAAAAGAAAAUCAUGUUUUAAGUGGAAAAAAGGCCUCAAACUGCCCAUUCUGUGAGAGGAACUAAUCCCGGGCCUACAGUCCUCAAUUAGUUCUUUCUUUUACAGAAUGGACAGUUUGAGACCUAUCUCCUUUACAGAAAUUUUGGCGCUUUUUUUUCAUCCACCAAGAAAUUCAACACUUCCAGAAUGCUAAAAUUACCCAUUAUACAGAUUGUACAGUGUAUGAAUGUUCUUUAAAAUUUGGAUGAACAGAUUAAGUAUUGUAAAUUGAUUUUAUUUUUUUAAUGCAUACAUGUACAUAUGAAUUGAAGUUAUGGAAUAAAAAAUCUGAUUUGA